UCUUUCUUCAAUCCUCAAAAAAAAAACAAAAAACUCAGAAAGAAGAGAGAGAGACCAACGACGACUCUGCAAAUAUGGCUGAUGAAUCUCCAAAGUCUAUCUACGACUUCACCGUCAAGGACAUCGGAGGUAACGAUGUGAGUUUGGACCAAUACAAAGGCAAAACUCUUCUGAUUGUAAAUGUUGCUUCCAAAUGUGGUCUAACAGAUGCGAACUACAAGGAACUGAACGUUCUGUACGAGAAAUACAAGGAGCAAGGGUUGGAGAUAUUGGCAUUCCCGUGUAACCAGUUCUUGGGACAAGAACCAGGGAACAAUGAAGAGAUUCAACAAACUGUUUGCACCAGGUUCAAAGCUGAAUUCCCAAUCUUUGACAAGGUGGAUGUGAACGGGAAGAACACGGCGCCGCUAUACAAAUACUUGAAAGCAGAGAAAGGAGGUUUGCUCAUUGACGCCAUCAAAUGGAACUUCACCAAGUUCUUGGUUUCUCCUGACGGCAAGGUCUCCCAGAGAUAUGCUCCCAGAACCUCUCCUCUUCAAUUCGAGAAAGACAUUCAAACUAUGUUGGGACAGGCUCCUUCUUCUUGAUCAUUCGGAAGAAGUUUCAAGAACUUUCGUUUCGUCCAAGCGAUCUUAGAUUGAUCAAUAUUUCAAACUUUAUUCUCUCUGAAUCUGUCAUUUAUGUGUUUAAAUAACUGAUGUCUUCGAUGUUAUAUCAUGUGACUCUCGUUUUAAGCUCAAACUUAAAAAGUUGAUUGAUAAA